CCCCCGCCCCGGCCCUGACUGCUUGCGCAUCCUGCUCCUCCGCAGCAGCGGCGGACCUGGCUUAUGGACAGCCACGCAGUACAAACCUCCUGAACAGAGGUGAAAUCGACAACAGUUUGAGAGCUCUGAGUUUUGUAGGGGCGCCUCCCGGGAGAGCUUCUCGGAGGCAGCAUCCUUAGCCUCGGUUCUGCCCACAGUAGGGUUGCAGAGGGAAGAUCAAACCUGCGUGGCGCACAGACGCUGGUACAGGGUCUGGCACAGGAGCAUUGCACUGCUGAUCUACCCAGCCUUUUAGCUGUGCCCUCUGUGGUUGGAGCCCUGACUAUGGCAGCCAGUCUUCUGAGAGCAAAGCCCAAGGUACCAGUAUCUUUUGAGGAUGUGUCUGUGUACUUUACAAAGGCAGAAUGGAAGCUUCUGGAUCUCAAACAGAGGAAGCUCUACAAGCAGGUGAUGCUGGAGAACUACAGCCAUUUGGUGUCAGUGGGGUUUGCUUUCCCUAAGCCUAACCUGGUGUCCCAGCUGGAGCGAGGGGAGAAGCCCUGGAUUGCAGACAGAAUGGGGACUGCAGCAGCAUCCUGUGCUGGAAAUGGGAUAAAGAGCAAGAUGCUGACUUCAAGGCCGAAACUUUUUGGAAGAGGGCUCCUCGGAGACACCUCGGGAUCCAUGGUUCAGAGACGUCCUCACGACUUCAGGCCAAAUUCCAUUGUAAGGUACCGGCACUCCAGAAUCGCCGAUAAACGGUAUCUCUGUCAGCAGUGUGGAAAAUUCUUCAGCCGCAGCUCCAAUCUCAUCAAGCACCGGAUCGUCCACAGCGGCGAGAAACCGUACAAGUGCAGCGAGUGCGGGAAGCUGUUCCGGCGGAACUUGGCACUGCUGGAGCAUCAGCGCAUCCACAGUGGCGACAAGCCCUACGCGUGCGGGGAGUGUGGCAAGACCUUCACGCGCAGCUUCAACCUUAUGAAGCACCAGAUCAUCCACAGCAGCGAGAAGCCGUUCGUGUGCCGAGUGUGUGGGAAAGUGUUCCGGCGGCGCUUCGCUCUGCAUGAGCAUGCGCGCAUCCACAGCGGCGAGCGGCCUUACGAGUGCGGUGAAUGUGGCAAGACAUUCAGCCGCAGCUCCAACCUUAUCGAGCACCAGCGCACCCACAGCGGUCAGAAACCCUACAUCUGUCAGGAGUGCGGCAAAGCCUUCAAGGGCAUCUCGCAGCUCAUCCACCACCAGCGCAGCCACCGCGGCGACAGGCCCUUCUCGUGCCAGGAGUGCGGCAAGGCCUUCCGCGGCCAUUCAGGACUUAGCCAGCACCAGCGAAUGCACAGCGGCGAGAAGCCCUACGAGUGCAGCGAAUGUGGCCGGGCCUUUGGUCGCCGGGCCAACCUCUUCAAGCACCAGGUGGUGCAUGGUGGGAUGCGUCGUGGCCGCUUAAAGGGACUUCGGCGCGGCUGCAUGCUCCUGGAGCAUCGGCGCGGGUCCCACGGGUCCCAGGAAGCCGGGGAAGGCAGCUCGGCCGAGCCCCAGCUCAUUGACGCCAAUAAGAAGCCCCAAGUGUGUGAGCGCUGCGACCAGGUCUUCGAGAACAAGUUGCUGCUGUGUCGCCAUUUGCGCAUUCAUGACGACGAAGAUGACAAGAAACAGAAGUCGAUUACUGUGAGUACCUCAGGUUCGGAGGAGAGGUCGCUGCUCAGUCAGGAUUUGGAAUCCCAGCCCGCAGAAGGAAACGACAGCGAAAGCAGUGAAAGUUUCCUGUAUGCCGAGAAGGCCCAGGGCCCAUCCUCACCUUGAGACCAGAAACAGGGCAGCAACUCAGAAUGGCAGGGUAGCCCCUUUCCCCAGUGUGAAACAGAAGUAACUCAGAAAGACAGGGUACUCCCCACCCAGCCACCCAGUGUAAUCUGCCCUACUCUUUCCCUGAUGAGUUGAAAAGGAAGGCUCUCUCCCUAGUCCUGGAUGAUCCAAUUGAUACCUAGAGGUUGCACAAGAAGGCUCCUCAAGGAGCCUAGGCAGGGUACUCCUGUGUGUGCUUGGGUGAAUGAGUGCCUGUGUGAAUGGGGUCUCCAGGGCAGCAGAUUUGCAUAAUACAGAGUUGGACUCUACCAUUCACAGGAGAAUUGCUUGAUGUGGUUGGGAAAGAAGGAGCAGAGUCCAGCCAACUCUAAGCACAAUUACAUUGAAGUUUACAGGGGGAUUAUCCUUGUGUCCUUUCUCUUGUUAAUGUGUUAGUGGGGGUGGUUGCCUCCGUUAAGAGUUGUUUGUGUUUCUAGAUAGAAUAUACUAAAAGCACUUUAUUCCAUUAAAAGUUUAUAAAUUAGCCUGCUGUUCUGAAGCAGAGUAGACUGUCUGUGAAAACUUGGGCCUUGUGUAUGUGGCGCUGCUGCUGUUUGGAGGGUCUGUACCAAAUCUUGCAGAGAGGUUAAGACCCAGGGACCCUGAAUGUCUCCUUUUUGGGAAUGGAGCCCCUUUUUUCUGGUCCCUCUCAGGAACAGGAUCUAAGUAAGACCUGGCAGCAUUUGUACCCCCACCACCCUGCUGGCUUCAGUCUCCUCCCCUCCCACUCAGGGAAGGCCACAUUGGCCAUUCCUAGCCCCUGCCCCAGUGCCUAAAGCUUCCAAUUUGCCUGCUAAUCCCUUUCAAGCCACCACUGUGUGGUGACAGCAGGUUAAGAAUUCACACUUAGGUGGCCCCUGUAAUGAGUCUGGCCAGACAGUUAUCUUUAAGAUGACAUUUCUUAGCAUAUUAAAGUUGCCAUUACUUUGAUGUGCUUUUAUUUGGGGAUACCAUUAGUUGAAAAUGGAGAUUUUUGUUAUGUGAGAGUGUUGGAGAAUUUCUCUUUUAUAGAAAUUCCUCACACAGAGGGAGUAGCUCAGAGAUGGAGUAUUGCCUAGCAGACUACAGGCCCUGUGUCCCAUCCCUGCCCCUCCCCCAAGAAAAGCUUGGACAGGAGGAAGGGGCCUUUCCAACCCAUGACUGAUGCGCAUGGUGGCAAACCUAGCCCUGAAUGAUGAUGUAACAACCCCCACCUCCUUUCCCUUAAGCCUGGCUGGCUCUUUAGAAGGCACUUUACGCAAAGGAAGCCAGUGGCAGUCCUGUUCCACCUGUGCUGCCCCCAGGAGACCUGUCCCUUGGCAUACUCAGAUCAGCAUCCUGGGUAGCAAGCUACUUUUCAGCCCUCUCCUAUCCCAGAGGAGAGAAAGAUUUUGUCCCAAAGACUGCCUGGGGGCAGUUUGUUGGUACAGGUGAAGUGGAGGCAGCUCUUGUAUACUCCAAGAAAGAAUGGUGACACCUCCCCUGCCAGCUGAGUGACGUUCAAAGAUAGCUGCAUCCUGCCAAGAGAACAUGGGCAAACCUGGAAACCCAGGAUGCUGGCUGGUUGGAGCCCUGGCCGUAAGAAUAUACACGGGGAGGAGAAAGAGAGAGUGAGAGAGAUUGAUUUUAUGUAUAUAAAAUGUUUUGUGUAAAGCCCCAGUUUGUAACUAGCUGUUAUCUCUGUGUCCUACAGUAGAUCCCUGUCUCCUUGUCCUGUGAUUGUUCUCCUGUCUGUGAGCCUGCAGCUGCUCAGCCUUGUGUCUGCACUCCAAGCCCCAUGCCUGGGUACUAGUGAAAGAGCCUUGCUCCCUUGUUCUACUCGGUUUGACUUAUGUAGUGGUUGACUUCAGUGGCCCAUGGAAGCAGUUCAGAGUAUGCGUCACUUUGGUUUCCCAAUAGAAAAAGAAAUGCUAGGAACAGUGUCUUUUAAGUCCCUGGUAAAGUAAUUGCUCGAUCUACUAGGCCUCACGCAGAGCAGGUGCCCACAGUGGGAGGCUCUGUGCAAGCUCUGGCACAUACUCUUGGGUGUUCACUUCUAUGGCUCCAGGAAAUGAAUGAAUGAUGCCUAUAUUCCAAGACAGUCACCAGCUUCUUUACCCAAGGCUGAGUUCCUAGAGGAAGGGUCAUGUACAGGCAUUUUCAGCAGGAAGUGGGUCUGCAGGAAGAGCUGUAGAGCCCUUCAGAGUGGGGACCCUGAAAUGCUCCAGGGUCCCCACUGGUUGCCUAUAUACAUAGCAGCAGAGCUCUUGGUCCGUUUCCUCCUUCAGUUCCUGUUCCUAGAUGUUUUCAGCAAGCAAAGUAGUGAGUUCUCUCAGGUAUGCUAAUCAGGUAUGCAAAAUGAACAGAACAGGUUUCUCCUGGAAGAAAGUCAAAGUCACCAGAGGGACACUUGUGCUUUUCCUCGUUUCGUGCCUGAAGCCUGUGCUUCAUUCCUCAAACUGGAUGGGGAAUGGGGCUGAUCGUUCAUUUGUGUGUUUUGAGGGGCAACUAGAUUAUAAAAGCUUAAACUAUCAGAAUCCCUGCUGUUUUCUAGUUCCUCCUCUUCCUGUCCCCCACCAAACUUUACCUUUUUGUCUUGUAAAAGACUUUGGCUGCUUUUCAGGUGCUGUGGGAAUGGCCUAGCAGUGUCCCAGGAAACUCAUAGAUGGUCGUCUCGGAAUUAAUUUAUCAUGAGGUGGAAUUUUCAACAUCUUUGUUGGGUGAAAAGCCGACAGCUACUUGGAAAGGGGCUCCCCCACGUGGAGAGGGCUUAAAGUAAACAGACAGGUAGUGGGUUCAAGGUUACAAGCAAAAGUCAACUCUAACCUAGAAAGAGCCGAGUGAUGCUAGAGUUAUUGGGGAGGGCUUGCUUCCCAUGUGGGAGGACCUGUCUUAGUCUGCCCAGGGUGCAGGCUUUUCACAGGGCUCCAUACUGCAACUCUGAGACCAGGAUUGCCCAACAGGCUCCUUAUCAGAAAACUUCAUCAGUCUCCUAAGAGGCACCACAAUGCCUGCCUUCUGUUUGUUUCUGCUACCAAGUUUCAGGCAGCAUGAAAGCACCCACCUUGUAGCUUCCCAGGCAAGGAAUAGAAUAUAGGGAUUUCAGGUGUGGGGUGGGGGGAUUGCUGAAAAGUGCCUUGGUUGGGAGUGGGGAGGAUGUGUAUUAGGGAAGCCUAGAAUGCACACAGGACUAGGACAGUCCUGAGUCGGGAGCUCAAUUACUGUAGAGUAUGGAGCACCUAGGAUGCCAUGUGUAGGAAGUCAGACCCUAGCUGGUUCCAUUUGAGGAGCAACUUUCCUAAAUGAGAAAUGAAGUCAGUGUUAAUGAGAACUGCUAUGGGGUGCGAGUGCACACCUCACCAGCCACUCUGGUCAUUUAGAUGGUUUGGAGGUCUGUGAAAUCUCUGCAGUGAGACAGCCACCAUAAAGAGGUAGUGCGAAAGAAGAGGAAGGACUUGAGUGACCCCAGCCACCUUCCUCUGAGUCCCCACUAGCCCUGGCAUUUGUAGCUGCCUUCAUGUUUUUGUGAGCCCCAAUUCAUCUGUGAUUUCACAAAACAAUUGCCCUCUGAGAUUCCUGGACACUUUCUUUGUGAGAGGGUUUCUUUGGGGGAUGUUGUUUUAAGCUUGUAUAACCCAGACUGGCCUUCGACUCUUAACCCUCCUGCCUCUAACUCUUAAGUGCUGGAAUUACAGGUUUGGACCACCAUGCCUGGCUUCUGAAGAUUUUUUUACAUUUGUAUCAAGUAGCAUCAAGUUCAAGGCCUUGCACGUUUGUGAGAACAGUGCCUCCUUUUGUGUUCAAUAGGACUGAUUAAGCCUGGUCUCUCUCCAUUACCCAAGAGGCAGGCGGAUCUCUGUGAGUUCGAGACCAGCCUGGUCUACAGAGCUAGUUCCAGGACAGGCUCAAAAGCCACAGAGAAACCCUGUCUCGAAAAACCAAACAAAACAAAAAAAAAAAAAGAAUGGUGAGAGCAGAAAUGAAGGCUUACUAUGCAUUUGGAGGCCUCCUGACUCAUUAACAUUCUUUGGUAGAUUGGUAGGGGUAUAUACAGCUUAAAGUGUGCCAUUGUGAAUGGAUUGUGAUGGGUGUCUGUACCCUUAAAACCAUCCUUAUUGGCAAGUCAGUAAGCAUUCAGUAUCUUAUGAUAAUUCCUCCUUUCUGCUCCUCCAUGCCCCGUGUCCUUAUAACCACUGCUUUCCAUCACUGGUGAUUACCUUCUUUGUAAGUGGACUUCCACAGUGUUUGUCUAGUCUCUCGGUGCCAUUUUUUAGAUAUUUCCAGGUGUUUGUGUGUAUAUCCACACUUGGUAUUUAUCUCAUUGUAUACAUGCCCCCCAAUGUCUGUUGAUGCUUGUUAGUUAGUAUUUACAUUCUUUCCAGUUUGAGACAAAUAAAGCUGCUAUGAGUAUUUGUAUGGAC